AUGGCAGCAAGUGGAUGUUCGGAAGCAGAGCCGUCAGAACCACCCAUUGGCUCAUCUCCAUUUCCCAAAUCACCUUCAGAAUAUUCGAUCAAGAGCGACUUCGAUUCGGUCGAGCAAUUGCCUGUCACUUCUCAAUCACCAUUCAUAAAUCCCUAUCCAUCUCCAUCGAUGAUUGGUGCUUUGAAUCGUCAAGAGAACUAUGCCAUCGGUAUUCCAAACGAUUCUGAAAGCUCAUCUAGAUCUUCAUUCGAUGCCCAACAACCGAGAGAACUCAGCGAGUCGUCAAGAAGAUUUAGAGAAUCUCGAAGUCAUGAAAGAGGACUCUCUUCUGGAGAAUCGUCCACCGAUGAUGAUGAGCCAUUCGAUCACGAAGGACCACAAUCGAGAAGACCUUCUCAGUCGCAGGAACAGUUGAGUUUACUACGACCAACAGAUGCCCCUCGAGGUCGGCUCGCCAACAUUCGAAGAGAAUCCUCGUGUUCGGUCGAUAGCGAGAUAUCACAUGAACGCCUAUUGAAAGCCACACAAAAAGUAUCUGCUCAAUGGGAUGAGCUGAGCAUCGAAGAACAAGAAAGGAGACCCGAUAGUACGAGCACUUCAAAUAAUGGCCGAAGGAACAGCUCCGUCUCUGAACCAAUCACUGUCGCAAUCAUGAAUAACGCUUUUCUUCCGCAUUCUUGUUCACCAAGUCCGACGCGAUAUGAACCAGCUAAACAAUGUUACUCUCCUUCAACGCACACCUUUGUGAGAUCGAAUAUCCCGUACUCUCCAAGUCCCAGUCCAACUAGAAGUCCGUCGAGAAAUCGAUUAAUGAGUGUUAGACUCCGAUCACAAUCACCGUCACCAAUCGCUGGCCCACCAAGAUCUUUGAAGAGACGAAUGAAUGAAAUGGCGGGAAAUGGAGAAAAUGGAGAAAUAAAGAGAAUAUGUGGCUUGCAAUACCCUAGAGGUGCAACGAGUCCUCUUGUACAAGAGCGUCCAUUUUCCUCAUUUCCUGGAGGUGCGCCGAUUGCUGUCGAUUUUACCCAACCAAGUACCUCAAUGCUAUUUGCACAACCAAAACGACCCGAAUUAUUGAGAAGAAUUUCCUUGGACUCUUCUCCUUCAUCUUCUCGAGAUCAAGAGGGCGGAGAAACACCAAUGGAAGAGACAUCUGAACCACUCCUUGAUACAUCCGAUCCAUUUGCAAGACCUUUCUCAAAUGAAAGCGCUCAAACUGAAGGAAAUCCUGGAUCAAUUUCAAUGGCGAGUGGAAUAGAUACGAAUCCACCAACUCCCCUUUCUUGUGUAAGUGGACAUGGAGAUCUUCCAUCAACACUCACUGAUAUCGAGAAUAGUUUCACGAAUGAUGUCAAUGAUGUCAAUGAUUCACCAAGUUCAAUAAAGGAUAUCACCGAGCCUCCAAUAUCUGAUCCAACAAUCGAUUCAUCGACUCCCGAGGCAUCUAAUCAUUCG